AUGCCCACGAAGACACUGAAACAAGUUGAUACUCUCAUUGAUAUGUCGGUUCGUCAUGUUGUCCUCGACUUCUUGCUCGUGGAAAAGAAUGGAAUAUCUCGCGAGCCCUCCAACGAAGAGUUCAAGGUUCUUAAAGGCCUUUACCCGAAUCAAGUUUCCAUCGAGACUCAUGGCCCCUGCCUUCACGCCAGAGUGACCGAGUUGCCGUCAAGACCAUGGCCCAUUUCCGUCGCUGAAUUUUCUGAGCGGCAAAUGUCGGUCGCCGUCGCUUCGGUCUCGUGGGUCCUUGGAUUCUGGGUGAUUGCGGUCAACGAUUACCCCGCUGGCCUUCAUCUGCCGCACGAGAUCUGCCAAAUAGUUUCAUUCUACCAUGCUGAGCCCCGCGAUACUUUACGGCCGGGAUUGAUGAUCGCGUCCGCAGACUUGCUAUCGACGGCCGGUGUGAUGGUGCAAGAUAUUGUGGGGUCCCGCUACGUAACCGUAGCUUCUCAUGCCUUCCCGGAGGGCCAAGAAAUAGUGUAUCAUCCUAAUAGCGAUGGACGGAUUAUCGACAAGAUUGUGCGGAGGUUCGGGAGCUCAGGUAUUGCUCUCGUGGAACUUAGUCCGGGUAUUUCGUUUGAAAACGAAACAUUCCAGAGUUCGCAGCGCGAAGAACCCAUACGCCUCUCUAAAAUUGGCUCUGCUGUCAAUCUCCGUCGGGCCGAUUUUCUUACGAUGGAUAAUCCUUUUUCGGGGACCAUGGAUGCGUUCUACAUUGGGACGAAAUUUCAUCUAGUGCUUGUAGAGGCAGAGGAUGAGCACCGGUGGGUUAAAAUGAACUGGCUAUGGCCGAGACAGCUUGACCAGGCUCUCCCAGUUGAUGGAUCAUGCGGAUCUGCCAUGUUUGACGAGAACGGUCGGGUAAUCUGCUUUUUCCGCUUGCUUGUUGCCGAGGGUGAUGGUUUUGAUCGCGGGUAUGCAUUCGCUGUCGCCGCUACAGAACUGGCCGGCGUUGGUUAUAUUUUGGUCUGA